GCUUCGGCCUGAACUGUCGCGUUACGCUGCGUAUCCCGCUGCUGUUCUUUUCCUUCAGAGAUCAUUUUCGGAAAGGGAAAACGGGUACCCGGACGGAGACGUGGUAGCAUUUUGUCUAAUUUGCACUGUCAGUAUUCCCGCCCGUCAGUCUUAGAACCGGAAGUAAAUAUGCCUCGAACGGGAAGUAGUUCUUAACCUCGACGAGCUAGAAGCCCGUCUGGGGCGCGCGGCGAUGCGGCCUCUCUGGUUCUAAGAUGGCGGCGGCGGGCCCCGUGCGAAAGCGUGCGGCGGACGAUGCUGCGGGUGUGGAGCCUCGCCGCGCGGGGAAAAGGCGGCUGCUGGUGAUCCUGGAGGGGGCGUCGCUGGAGACUGUGAAGGUUGGGAAAACAUAUGAGCUUUUGAACUGUGAUAAGCAUAAAUCAUUGCUUCUGCGGAGUGGCCGGGACCCUGGAAGGAGUCGACCUGACAUUACCCACCAGAGCCUUCUGAUGCUCAUGGACAGUCCCUUGAACCGAGCUGGUCUUCUCCAGGUAUACAUUCACACAGAAAAGAAUGUCCUGAUUGAAGUUAACCCCCAGACAAGAAUUCCUCGCACUUUUGAUCGUUUUUGUGGCCUCAUGGUUCAAUUGCUGCAUAAAUUCAGCGUAAGAGCUGCUGAUGGGCCUCAGAAGUUAUUAAAGGUUAUUAAGAAUCCUGUAACUGAUCACCUCCCUGUAGGUUGUACAAAAAUAGCCACAUCCUUUUCAGCCGCUACUGUGACAGAUGUGCGUGAUCUUGUUCCUACUGCAGACCCUAUAGCUAUCAUCGUUGGAGCUUUUGCCCAUGGCUCGGUUAAUGUCGACUACUCCGAGAAGUCUGUUUCUAUCAGCAACUAUCCACUCUCUGCAGCUUUGACCUGUGCAAAGAUCACUACAGCUUUUGAAGAAGUAUGGGGAGUAGUAUGAGCUUAUUACUGAAGAAUAUAUUUAAUUAAGAUUCAUUCUGCUAUCCUGUACAUUGCAGGGUUUGUGUUUGCAUGCAUUCACUCUCUCUUUUUAGAGGGAGAGCGCAUGUGUAUCCUUUCUUUAGGGCAAAUAGAGCCUUAAAUUCCUUUAUUUUUUGAGACAAAUAAAAGUUUUCUUAGUGAA